AUGACUCUUCGAAUCAGUAAGGUAUUACUUGAGAUUCCACAAGCAUCAAAGAAGUCUGCAGAUUCUAGUGUUCAAGUAACUCCUGAAGUUAUGGUAGAGGAUGAUGAAGAGUUUAUGAAAGAGGACACUAUCAAAGUCAAUAAGGAGAAAGUUGGAAAUGAAUCUACAAGAAAGAGUGAAGCAAAGAAAAAGGCAACUAAUGGGCAUCUAAAUUGGGUGUCGCCUUUACCAUUCCCUCAACGAUUUCAGAAGAAGGCAGUUGAUGAUCUCUAUAAGAAAUUCUUGGAGAUUUUCAAGCAGUUGCAUAUUAAUAUUCCAUUCAUUGAGGCUUUGGAACAUAUGCCUAAAUAUGGUAACUUUCUGAAGGAGAUGUUGAGUAAGAAGAAGCACUUCACUGAGUUCGCAACUAUAGCAUUGACCAAAGAGAUCACCAGUGUCAUUAAGCCUAAUGUUCCUUUCAAGUGUAAGGAUCCUAGUUCCUUCACUAUACCAUGUUUGAUGGGUGAUAAGUUUGAAUGCCGUGCUUUGUGUGAUUUGGAGUCUACUGUAAAUUUGAUGUCUUUGUCUGUUUUCAAGAAGUUGCAAUUAGGGGAAGUCAAUCCUACCACUGUUACCCUCCAACUAGCUGACAGAAGUCUCUCUUAUCCGUAUGGUAUUAUCAAGGAUGUCUUGGUGAAAGUUGAUUCUUUUAUCUAUCCUGCUGAUUUCAUUGUGCUAGACAUUGAAGAGGAUAAAGAGAUUCCACUGAUUGUAGGGCGAACAUUUUUUGCUACAGCUAGAGCUUUGGUGGAUGUUGAGAAAGGAGAAGUGAUUCUACGGCUUGGUGAUGAGCAAAUUAAAUUCAACACGGAUAAAGCAAUGAAGGAUUCUAAAGAAAAGAAACAGUGUGCAAAGGUUGCUGUGAUAGAUAAACUCAAUCAAGUUGAAUCAGAUUCAUUCACUAGUAAAGAGCCCUUUCAAGCGACUAGAGUUGAGAAAAAGACUGUGGAGGAUGCUUACUUUGCUCAAACUAAGAGCUCUUGGACUACCUCUAUAUCAUCUCUAGAGAGACAUUAG